ACGCUUAGACCGGUAAUGUCUGGCAGACUCCCCAGCUGCACUCUACACAGCUCACUAGACAGCAGCAGAAGCAGGAGGGAGAGACUGGGCACCCCAGAGGUCCUUCAGUGUAACAGGAGGCGGGGUUUAGCCAUGGACCCCACCUUGGGCAUGGAGGCCAAGGCUCUCCUAGAAGACAUGCUGGAGAUCACUUCCCAGAGUCUGGUGCACAUGGAAGUGGCUGAACAUUACCAAAUCGUCAAAGAGCUGGGCAAGGGGAAAUAUGGGCAAGUGGUACUGGUGACUCACAGGCAGAGAGGGACCCCAAUGGCUCUGAAGCUGCUGCCGAAGGCUAGCACCAAGCUGCAGAAUUUCUUGUAUGAAUAUUGCGUGGCGCUCUCCCUCUCUGCACACCCUGCCAUCAUUGGCAUGUUUGGCAUUGCCAUAGAGUCCAGCCAGCACUACGGUUUUCUCUAUGAGGCAGCCCUGCACAGAGACCUCAUCUCCAUUAUCAAGCCCAGGGCUGGCAUCCCGGAGCCGGCAGCCAAGCUGUGUGCCAAACAGCUGGUGAGUGCGCUGGACUUCAUCCAUAGCCGGGGCCUUGUGUAUCGAGAUGUCAAGCCCGAGAAUAUCCUGCUUUUCGACCGCCAUUGCCACUGCAUCAAACUGACAGAUUUCGGCCUGACGCGACCCCAGGGCACCCUGCUGCGUCUCGUGACUGGCAUCAUCCCUUACACUGCACCUGAGCUGAGCCGUGGCACCGGUGACACCCCAGGCCUGCCCAUUGAUGCCAGCUUGGAUGCCUGGGCCCUUGGGGUGUUGAUCUUCUGCCUGCUCACUGGCUAUUUCCCUUGGGAGAAAACACUGCCUGAGGAUUCCUUUUUUGACGACUAUGUGAUGUGGCAAGAGUCAGGCUUGGAUGAAGAUCUGCCGUUUCACUGGCGCCCACUGUCACAUGAUGCCAUCACUAUGUUACAGGGCCUCCUGGCUCUGGAGCCCACAAAGCGUGGCCCUGUCCGCCGGGUACUCGGCUACCUUGACCGGCCAUGGCGAGCAGAAGCGGCUGUCAAAGCCCCCUAGCGCAACACAAUACAGCUGAAAUGAACCCAAUGAAAUAGCAGGGGGUG